CCUGUGUUUCCUCUGUGUGUGUCUCAGGCCCAGAAGAAUGAGCGCGAGUCGAUCCGGCAGAAACUUGCGCUCGGCAGUUUCUUUGACGAUGGGCCGGGCAUCUACAACAGCUGCAGCAAGAGCGGCAAACCCAGCCUGUCCUCACGGCUCCAGAGUGGCAUGAACCUGCAGAUCUGCUUCGUCAACGACAGCGGCAGCGACAAGGACAGCGACGCCGAUGACAGCAAGACGGAGACCAGCCUGGACACGCCGCUGUCACCCAUGAGCAAGCAGAGCUCGUCCUACUCGGACAGAGACACCACGGAGGACGACUGCGAGUCUCUGGAGGACAUGGACUUCCUGAGCCGGCAGAAGAAGCUGCAGGCCGAGGCCAAGCUGGCGCUCGCGAUGGCCAAACCCAUGGCCAAGAUGCAGGUGCAGGUGGAGAAGCAGAACCGCAAGAAGUCCCCGGUGGCAGACCUGCUUCCUCACAUGCCACACAUCAGUGAAUGUCUGAUGAAGAGGAGUUUGAAGCCCACAGACCUCAGAGACAUGACACUGGGACAGCUGCAGGUCAUCGUCAACGACCUGCACUCACAGAUCGAGGGUCUGAAUGAAGAGCUGGUGCAGUUGCUGCUGGUGCGGGACGAGCUUCAGAUGGAGCAGGACGCCAUGUUAGUGGACAUCGAGGACUUCACCAGGCACGCUCAGAGCCAGCAGAAACACCUGGCAGAGAAAACGCCAUCUAAAUGAAGACCCUCCACACCAUCAGAUCAGAUCACACACCUUUCCUUUGCUUCUGUGGUUCAUCAUAACACACACGGGACGUCCCACACACUCCAGCGCUCGGCCUUCGCUCACUCAUCCGCUGCCGUCUCUUACCGUUGCCACUAAAUUAUAACCGUCAAAGCAUACAAUGAGAAAUUGAAUUCAAGUUUUAGAAAAGAAGAAGAAAAAGAGUGUUCUGAACAGCCGUGAUUUCCCCGUGUCGUGCUCCAGGUGGACAGUGUGUGUGUGUGUGUGUGUGUGUGUGUGUGUGUGUGUGUGUGUGUGUGUGAGGAGGGAAGCACGCCUGCCUUGUACUCGACCUGUAGCUUUCGGUGACGUUCACUCCGACUGGUUUUCAACGGUUCGUGAAUGUUGAUUCUGACACGAGUCAUUUGAAUAAUAAUAAGUGUGUUAAUAUCAUUUUCAUUCUAUUGUAUUGAGAUUGUUUAUUUGAGGGAGAUGCUUAUGUACAGAUAUGUAUAAAAUAAGAAAAAUAAAACUUGGUUUCAUACAC